AUGGACGUCCACAACGCAGCAGUAGAAAAGAUAGCAUCUCAAGUUCGCGAUUUUUACUCCUACCACAAGCCUUACCGCAUCUACCAUGGCUCGACCAACAGCACACGAGAUUCCCGAAGAGAUCCCAACAGUUCCAUCGACACAAGCAAACUCAAUCAUGUCCUCGACAUCGAUACCCAUACCAAAAUCGCCACCGUGGAACCCAACGUGCCCAUGGACGACUUCGUUCGCGAGACAUAUCAGAGAGGCCUGGUCCCGCUGGUCGUGAUGGAGUUCCCAGGGAUCACCGUGGGUGGGGGAUUUGCCGGAACCUCUGGCGAAAGCAGUUCGUUUCGACAUGGCUUUUUCGACAAUACCGUCCGGUGGAUUGAAGUGGUUGUGCCCAAUGGAGAAAUUCAACGGAUCAGUAGAGAAGAUAACCCCGAAUUGUUCUGGGGCGCGGCAGGGAGCUUCGGGACUUUGGGAGUUGUCACUCUGCUGAAAAUCCAAUUGCGAGAUGCGGCGCCAUGGGUCGAGUUGACCUACUAUCCCUUCUCCCAGAUCGACGACGCGAUGGCACAGGUGCAACGAGAAGUCGGCAAGGAAGAAGUGGAUUAUCUAGAUGGCAUCGUCUUCUCUCGCAACAACAUUGUCAUCUGUUCCGGCAAACUGAUUAAUACUCUCCCCGCCUCCUCACCCGACUAUUCACCAGAAAUCCACUACUUUCUCCGCCCGCAAGACCGCUGGUUCUAUCAACACGUCUCCCGCCGAACCUCCCACACCUCCUCCCCCGGUCAACCCAUCACCGUCUACACUCCUCUCGCAGACUACCUCUUCCGCUACGACCGCGGAGCAUUCUGGGUCGGACGAUAUGCUUUUUCCUAUUUCCUCACCCCUUUCAACCGCAUCACCCGCUUCCUCCUCGACCGCUUCAUGCACACACGAGUCAUGUAUCACGCCCUGCACGAGAGCGGUCAAGCGAAAAUCUACAUCAUUCAAGACGUCGCCAUUCCCUAUGAGAAGGUAUCCACAUUCCACAACUGGCUCGAUGAUACCUUUCACAUCUACCCCAUCUGGCUCUGUCCCUUACGACAGCGUCGCGAUGCCCCCAAAUCGGAAUUCGGACUCUAUGCCGACUUGGCCAAUGCGGCAAAAACUCCCGAAUUCAUGAUGAAUUUCGGCGUCUGGGGACCAGGAGCACGCAAUCGGAAAAGAUUUAUCCAGCAGAAUCGGGAUUUGGAGAAGAAAGUCGGGGAAUUGGGAGGUAGGAAAUGGUUGUAUGCGCACGCAUACUAUACCGAAGAAGAAUUUUGGGAAAUUUAUAAUCGAGCGGAUUAUGAUGCGCUCCGAGAGAAGUAUGGCGCACAAUAUUUGCCGAGUGUUUAUGAUAAGGUGAAAGUGAAAGAAGAGGAGGACGUGGGUGCAGGAGGAGGAGUAGGAGGGUGGGUAGCGUGGUUGAUGGUGCUGUUGUGGAAUAUUUGGCCGCUGAGUGGACUUUAUGGGGUCUAUAAGGCUUUUAUGGGAGGGGAAUAUUUGAUGCAGAAGAAAUCUAGUCAGAAGAUGAAGGGGAUUAAGGCGGAAUGA